GCAAUCAUGGCUCUCUACAACAAUGGGGCUGACGUGCCCUCGCCCCAGGAGGCCUCCAAUGGCUUCCCCCAGCCCGGAGCCUCAGGAACGUGGCACAAGGGCGAGGAGGAGGUGAGGCUGGUGGAGCCCAGCAUGGUGAAGAAGGCUCACCGGGAAAUCCUGGACCACGAGCGCAAGCGGCGCGUGGAGCUGAAGUGCAUGGAGCUACAGGAGAUGAUGGAGGAGCAGGGGUACUCUGAAGAGGAGAUCCGGCAGAAAGUGGGGACCUUUCGGCAAAUGCUGAUGGAGAAGGAGGGAGUGCUCACCAGGGAGGACCAGCACGGGCGCCAAAUAGUGAUAGAGAACCACCACGGGGCAGACGGGGAGGAGUACGAGGUGGAGUACCCUGCUUAUGGAGAGGGCUGCCUGCUGCAGUGUGACUGCUCGGCCGAGUGCUACCGCGAGGACAGCGGCCACCGCGAGUACAGGUUGAAAAGACGCUCAAGCAGCUCCACCUCUCCUCCACCCAAGAAGAAAAAGAAGAAGAAAUCAGGCCACCGCCGGAGCCGCAAAAAGAGGAAACCCGGCUCAGAGCGCAGCUGUGACAGCUCUUCACCCAUCCGCAAGGAAAAGAAAAAGAAGACUGGAAAGAAACACAGACGUGACAGGUCUGAGUCGGGGUCACGAAAAAAGAGAAGACACAGUUUUUUUUUCUUUUUAAUCCCAUCUGUGUUUUUCUUUAGCCUCCCAUUUGAAAAAAACCCAAACGGUAAUAUACACUUCCAUUUCUUGCUCAGCAGAAGCAGGGACGAGGGGGAGGGAAGGGCAAUGAAACGUGCUUUUUUUUCCCGCCCCCUUGUUUUAGUUUCCUUUCUCAUGAUUUAUUUUCUUUUCCCUUGUGAUGUACAGAAAUGCAAACGAUAUAUAUUUCUCUUAUUUUUAUUUCCCCCCACCCCGUCGUCGUCGUGUUGUUCUAGAAUUUUUUGCUUUUGUGUGUGUUAAUGUGGAGAAGAAAAAAAAAAAAAAAACAAAAACAAAACAAAACAAAAACAUAAGCCCGAUGUGUUUUCUAAAUAUUUACGGCCGCUGAACAUUGUAUUUCCAUUUUCUAUAUUUUGAACAAGGAAUUUAAAAGGGAAGAGAACCCAGCAGCUCUGCACUGCAAAGGAGCGAAUUGCCCUUUUCCUCCUCAAAUUGGUGUCCUCGGCUGGAUGCUGCUGCCGCGGCCAGCUUUUCCUGCCGGGCUGCAGGAUGAGGCCGCGGGCUGCGGGGCUAUCCCGCAUCCUGCAUCCCCACAGGAUGAGUCCCCAGCCCCCUCCCCACCUCCCGCAGACCCCCCAAAAGCUCCGGUGCCCACCCCAGCACCCCCAGAGCCGCUGGGUGCCCCUUUUAAAUACCCAGUCCUGUCUCCAUCCAUCCCCUCUGCCUUCCCAGCCUUCCUCCUGGGUCUCUCCUCCUCCUCCUCGCCCACACGCACCCUCCAGCCCCUCUCUUUCUCCGGUUUUCUUUGGGCCGACACACCCCGACAUCCCUCGCCGUGUCCCACCUCCAUCCAUCGCCUUCCCUGCAUGUUACCCGGGACUUUGCCAUGUUUAUAGAGUGACUUUGAAAGAGUGAACCGCAGCCUGAUCGGGUUACAGACACCAGCCAGCCACCCCCACCGUGGCCCCCCCGCUCGGCGGAGGCCGCAGCCUUCCAAUUAAACAAACAAACAAACAAACAAAACAUUUUUAAAAAAGAGAAUAAAAAUUAGAAGCUAAAGAGACCAAUUUUAAAAAUGAUUUUAAAAAAUUCUAAGCAAAGCAAACGGGAUUAGCCGAGGGGUCUGGAUCGCCGUACUAAAGAGUCCUUGUCUUUUUCCCAUUCUGCCCUCCAAAUGUGGAGAUUAUUGUUUUCUUUUUUUAUUAUUGCAUUCCUGUCACUGCCAAUUCCAAAGGUAGGUAUUUUGUCCACCUCUGCACGUUCACUUCUGCAGAUGAGCCUGUUGAAAAGCACCGUAGCUUGAUUUAAUGUUAUUUUCUCUUUCUUUCUGACUUUCUUUCUCUUUCUUUCUCACUCCCCUUCUCUGUCUCUCAUUUUGUCUCUUUUUGGUGGCUAUAUAUAAUUAUUUUUUUUUAUUUGUAUGGUUUUCCCCAGUUAGCUGCAAAGCCAUGCUCUUCUCUUACGUUCUUUUUUUUUUAUAUAUAUAUUUUUUGCCCUGUCCACGUAAUAUUUUUUUCUUUCUUCCCCCCUUUUCUCUUCCCCGUCUCCUCGUGCUGUCGGUAGAAUGCAUUUCUGUGUCUUUCAGCCCUCUGAAUUUGUGUUUGUUUCCAUUCAGGGGCCGAGCACGGCUGUUCCCUUUCAAUCCCCCAUUAAAUGAAGGUGAAGAUAUUUAGGGACAAACAGGGGCAGUGGCCACGGGUAGAAGUGGGCACAGGGGGUUUUGGGGUGGAUGGAUGGGGUAAUAAAUGAGAAAUUUGGGGAGAUGUGUGGGUUUAGCCCCUCUUCAGGGGGAAAAAAACCCAGCUUAGGGAAAAUACUGAGAGAGGCUGCAGUAGGGAAAGUUUAAAUCUUUCUGUGUGGAGAGAAGCAGGUCCAGGACAUGCCAGCCUGUGAGGGGCAGGUGACAGCAUCCCUGCCCUGGCUGUCCCAUUCCCACAGGUGCCCAGUGUGUGAUUUCUGUCUUAGGCUGAGGGAAAUUCCCUCUUUGGAAAUUUGGGUUUAUUGGAGAUGCUUUUACCAUUGCUGCCUUCCUGCACGCCAGGGCAGGAGGCUCCAGGGUUUGGGUGGGAGCCCUGCAUCCCACAGCCCGAGCCCAUGGCAUGGCCAGUGGCCAGCCAGUGCCAAAAAACCACCCUGGCAGAGAGGAACCCCCUCUCUUUAUCUCUUCAUCGUCCUCUUCUUCUUCUUCAUCAUCAUCUUCUCUGCUUUAAUGUUCCUCUCCUGGGAUGUGGGGCUGGGCAUGGGCUCCCCUGGUCCCCCUUUCUGUGGCUGCUGAUCCCCCUGGAUCAGAUCCUUGCAGGGCAGCUGGGCAGGGCUGAUCAUCACUGUCAGCCUCCCCCUUGCUGCAGCCAUUGCAACAGCAACUGGUUUUUAAUAAAACCCCCAAAUCCCCUCAUUUUGGCUGCAGCUUGCUGCUCUGUGGUUGGAGGGAUUGCCUUUUCCACGGGGACAAAGAGGUGGUGGAGUGUGGAGCAGUCUGGGAUGCUCAGGGACAUGGAAGCUUUGUGUCCCUUUUGCAGCAUCUUCGUGGUGGUCCCCAGAAUCCCAGCCCUUCACCCUGCCCCCUUCUUUUUUGGGGGGAGAAAAGUGGCAUUGAGAACACAGUGGGAUGGGUGGAGAGAAGCUCAGCCUCGAGGAUUCACUGACCAUUCAUUGGUGGGAUGGUGAGGAACAGGGGUCACCAGCCCUGGGCAUGGUGACACAAUCCUGGCACCAUCCCAAUAUCCCUGAACCCCUUUUGAUCCCUUGGCUGGACUCAGGGAUGCCCUGUGCAGGAUUCACCCUCCAGGGAUUCUCAGGGACCUGGCGCUGGGCUGUGGCUGGGGGGAAGGAGACCCCAAAGCCCCCUGAGCUGGGGUUUGCCAGCUUGGGCAGGACUGGUGUUACAAGAGCUGUUUCCACCCAUCUUUUUGGUCUCGUGGUGUUUGCAAAGAUGGGAGGAACACCCAGGCAGCGUUUGUGGCUCAGAGGAGCUGAGAUAUUUGGGAGCCUCAGGGCUGGGCAAAAUCCCUUGAGGUCUCAGUGCUCAGGGCUUGGCCACGGUGGUGGGCCAAGGUUUCCCCUCCCCGUAGGAGAAGUGAGUUGGUUUGUUUUAUUUCUCCUCUCUCUGGCUCUGUCUCUGUCUCUCCUCCUUCUCUCGCUCUUUCUUUCUCUCUUGCAUUUUUGUGAAUCUAAUGAUGCACUUAUAUUGCCCCGCUUUUCCCUUCUCUUCAUACCUUACCUACUAAAGGAGGAAAUGCCACUUUUUUGGUAAGUGGAUGUUAACCAAGAGGGACUUAAAAAAAAAAAAAAGCAUAUAAUGGAAAAAAUAAAAAAAAAAAAAGGAAGCAGAAAGCAAAGUCUGUGUUGAGUGCUGAUGAGGACUUAGCAGUUCCCUGCAGAGUCACAGCUAACAGCUCAAUGCGUGUCCCAGGAAGAGCUCAGAGACAUUCGUUUAUCUCAGUAACGAGGACAUUUGUGAAGUUUUGCUUUGUUUUUUAUUUAUUUAUUUUUAUUAUUUAAAAAAAAAA